AUGUUUUUGGUUGUUGAUUAUGACAUUUGCUUGACUUGUGUAAAGGUGAUUCUCUAUAACUUCAGAGCUGAAGGUCCUCGAGGAACGCUCACAAUCAGCAAUAUCACAGUCUUUCUGGAUCGCGAAUUUGUGAACUCCCAGUUGAAGUAUUCCGCCCACAGAGAUGACAUUUAUUACUUCAUUGUUUUGUUGCGAUAUGGAUGUGAUGUACAACAUACUUCGCUGGUUACCAGUGACGAAGGAAUCAGGAAGAAUGGUCUCCUCGAGUUCAACUAUUACCUCACUUUGAAAGAUCUACCACCAGACUUUGUUUGCGCAAUGGAAAUCUAUGGACUGAAAACCAAGCAAGAGCAUAUUUCUCAUGAAGUGAAGUAUCGCCUUGGAUCAGCCAGUACCUUGGGUAAAAAGCAACGUCCAAAGUUCUCAACUCUGAAACCAUCUUUCGGAGGGUCUUCUGCAGUGGUUGAACCAGCUUUCCAAUUGGUUGGGAGGCUCACCAUCGACAUCGAUACGCAGAGUCGGAAACUGACAUUGCAAGAUGUGUUAGCACCAUUG